GGUGUACGUUACAGAAUGUAUGUCGCGGUUAUCGUCUGUGUUCUCGUGACGCUGUCAGUCACUUUGGCUCAACCUCAUGAGCUUCUCUCGUCAGAGAUGGUCGACUUCAUUAACAAGGCCAACACCACCUGGAGGGCCAAGCAGAACUUCUAUAAUGUUGAUAUUGGCUACGUGAAGGGUCUGUGCGGUACCGUACUCAAUGGACCCAAACUACCACAGGUCCUUCACAGCACUAAAGGCAUCAGACUUCCAGACAGCUUCGAUGCACGUGUGCAGUGGCCCAACUGUCCCACAAUUCCACAGAUCAGAGACCAGGGCUCAUGUGGUUCCUGCUGGGCCUUUGGGGCGGUUGAGGCAAUAUCCGACAGGGUGUGCAUCCACAGUAGUGGUGACGUCUCAGUGGAGAUCUCAGCUGAAGAUCUGCUGUCCUGUUGUGAUGAAUGUGGCAUGGGGUGUUUUGGUGGUUUUCCAUCUGCUGCUUGGGAAUUCUGGGUGAACAAGGGGCUUGUGACAGGAGGACUGUACGGCUCCAACGUGGGUUGCCGGCCGUACAGUAUCGCUCCCUGUGAGCAUCAUGUGAACGGAACCCGUCCUCCGUGUCAGGGCACACAUGAGACCCCUAAGUGUGUGCAGCAGUGCAUUGAUGGAUACUCACCAUCCUACCCAAAGGACAAACACUUCGGUAGACGCUCAUACAGCGUUCCGUCCCAGCAGCAGCAGAUCAUGACAGAACUGUACAAGAACGGACCAGUGGAGGCUGCUUUCUCUGUCUAUGCAGAUUUCCUACUUUAUAAGUCUGGUGUGUACCAGCAUGUAACUGGGGAAAUGUUGGGCGGUCAUGCCAUCAAGAUCUUCGGUUGGGGGGUGGAAAAUGGGACACCUUACUGGCUGGCUGCCAACUCCUGGAACACCGACUGGGGAGAUAACGGCUUCUUCAAGAUCAAACGUGGAAAUGAUGAAUGUGGUAUUGAAUCUGAUGUGGUGGCAGGAAUUCCUCUCUAGACCUAAAAUUAGUGCUGUCUUCAGACCAUCAUCGAAUCAACAAAUAAUAAAAGGAAGACAAGAAAUCUAUUACAUGUACAUUUGGAGAUUUUAUGGAAUGGCAGAAUAACUUGUACAGCAUGUUGAAAUGUCUGUGCUUGGUUGAAUGUUAUUCUGAAUAAACUGAUACUCUUCA